CAGAAUCGAAUCGUCGCUUUUCCGCUUUUCCGCUUUUGCCAUCGUGCUGUCGCAUUUGUCGGUUGCUUUUCCCGCGGAGUUUGCUCCUCAAGAAUAUAUACAUUUCCCAGCCGGAGAUUUGCAUUGAAAAGGCGUAAUAAUUCAAAAGCUACUGCGCAACCCGUUUUCGGUGCCCAAAAUGGUCGUCGUAUCCGACAGCCGCGUCCGUUUGCCGCGUUACGGCGGAGUCAGCGUCAAACGGAAAACGCUAAAUGUGCGCGUCACGACAAUGGACGCGGAGCUGGAGUUCGCCAUCCAGUCGACGACGACGGGCAAACAAUUGUUUGACCAGGUGGUGAAGACGAUCGGCCUGCGGGAGGUUUGGUUCUUCGGACUCCAGUACACCGACUCGAAGGGCGACUCCACAUGGAUCAAGCUGUACAAAAAGCCCGAAUCGCCGGCCAUAAAGACCAUAAAAUAUUUAAGGCGUGUGAAGAAGUAUGUGGACAAAAAGACAGCCGACAGCAAUGGAGUAAAUCAUUCAGAGACGAGCGAAGAGGAUGACGACGCCGAUGAUAUGACUGGAUCAAUGCCGUUUUCGACAUGGGUGAUGAACCAGGACGUGAAGAAGGAGAACCCCUUGCAGUUUAGAUUCCGUGCCAAAUUCUACCCCGAGGAUGUGGCCGAGGAGCUGAUUCAGGACAUUACCCUGCGUCUGUUCUACCUGCAGGUGAAGAAUGCCAUACUGACCGACGAGAUCUACUGUCCGCCAGAGACAUCCGUGCUGCUCGCCUCGUACGCCGUCCAGGCGCGUCACGGUGACCACAACAAGACCACCCACACAGCCGGCUUCCUGGCCAACGAUCGGCUGCUGCCGCAGCGCGUCAUCGACCAGCACAAGAUGUCCAAGGACGAGUGGGAGCAGUCGAUCAUGACCUGGUGGCAGGAGCACCGCAGCAUGCUGCGCGAGGACGCCAUGAUGGAGUAUCUGAAGAUCGCCCAGGACCUGGAGAUGUAUGGCGUCAACUACUUUGAGAUCCGCAACAAGAAGGGCACGGAUCUUUGGCUGGGCGUGGACGCACUGGGCCUGAACAUUUACGAGCAGGACGACAGGCUGACGCCGAAGAUUGGUUUCCCGUGGUCCGAGAUCCGCAACAUCUCCUUCUCGGAGAAGAAGUUCAUCAUCAAGCCGAUCGACAAGAAGGCUCCGGACUUUAUGUUCUUUGCCCCGCGUGUCCGCAUCAAUAAGCGCAUCCUGGCCCUCUGCAUGGGCAACCACGAGCUGUACAUGCGUCGCCGCAAGCCGGACACCAUCGAUGUGCAGCAGAUGAAGGCGCAGGCGCGCGAGGAGAAGAAUGCCAAACAGCAGGAACGUGAGAAGCUGCAGCUGGCGCUGGCCGCACGGGAACGCGCUGAAAAGAAGCAGCAGGAGUACGAGGAUCGGCUGAAGCAGAUGCAGGAGGACAUGGAGCGUUCGCAGCGCGACCUGCUUGAGGCCCAGGACAUGAUCCGCCGGCUGGAGGAGCAGCUGAAGCAGCUGCAGGCCGCCAAGGAUGAGCUGGAGCUGCGCCAGAAGGAGCUGCAGGCGAUGCUGCAGCGCCUCGAGGAGGCCAAGAACAUGGAGGCCGUCGAGAAGCUCAAGCUCGAGGAGGAGAUCAUGGCCAAGCAGAUGGAGGUGCAGCGCAUCCAGGACGAGGUCAACGCCAAGGACGAGGAGACAAAGCGUCUGCAGGACGAAGUCGAAGACGCCCGACGCAAGCAGGUCAUUGCGGCUGAAGCCGCUGCCGCUCUGCUGGCCGCGUCCACAACGCCGCAGCACCACCACGUGGCCGAGGAUGAGAACGAGAACGAGGAGGAGCUGACGAACGGCGACGCCGGUGGCGAUGUGUCCCGCGACCUGGACACCGACGAGCAUAUCAAGGAUCCCAUCGAGGACAGACGCACGCUGGCCGAGCGCAACGAGCGCUUGCACGAUCAGCUCAAGGCUUUGAAGCAAGAUCUGGCGCAGUCUCGCGACGAGACGAAAGAGACGGCAAACGACAAGAUCCAUCGCGAGAAUGUUCGCCAGGGACGUGACAAGUACAAGACGCUCCGAGAGAUCCGCAAGGGCAACACAAAGCGUCGCGUCGAUCAGUUCGAGAACAUGUAAAGCUAUUGCCUUUCGGACGGGCCGGAUUAGAGAUCGAUUGUGCGAGAGAGAUAGGGAGGGAGCCGAGUCUCCAGAAAGAAAAAGAAACAGAUAUAACUACAACAAGAGCAAAUAAUAAUGAUACUGAUGAUGAUGAUGAAGAAGCAACAAAUAUAAUUCCGGUCGCUGGCAAAGCCUAUUGCUACUAUCCCCCCAGCGACGACCCUUUUCCACCCAUAAGAACUUCCUGCCUCCUAAGUGAAUUGAAGAGAAGAUCCCCAAGUUUAAUGAAUAUACUUUGUUUGACCGCCGUUUUGUCCCGGAGCUUUUGUAUAGAAGAAUCAAGAAACAAAAAUCAAUGGAAAAUUUAACCAGACACAAAACUCAUCAAUAUGAAUAUGAAGUGUAUUACCGAUAACAAGUAAACACGGUUAGGACCACAUCUAUAUGGACAAUCAGCACAUAAAAGGAUCAAGCUAUUGGAAAAUAUGUCUAAAUCCAAACAGAAGCAAUAGAAAAUAUACAUUUCUCCUUUUCCCAAUGGAUUCAUAGAGAAAACGGAACGAAUUACUAUUAGAUAUUGGAAAACAACAUCAGCAACUACUAAACAACAAAAA